CUAUGAUGAAAACAAUCUCCCCUACCAAACGGAUCUGAGAGACUCUGACUACCACCUUCACAGACUGUGAUUCUGUGAAGCUUCCUUCUUCUAGCAUCCCUUCUAUCCCUCCCAACGCCUGCUCGGAAAAAGCAUCCCGCAGCCCACCAUCGCCGCCGGACACUUCAUCGGAAUAAAAAUUCCGGCCGCCUGAGAUUUUUCCACCAUAAACUCAGCACAUUUGUCUUCAAGCACCGCCCGUGCUAUCUUCUCCUUUUCCCGGCCGUGUCCGAGGCUAUCCGGAAAGCUAAACUCCACUUGGAGUGUCUGCAUAGCCAUUUCUCUGCAGGUUUGGUUGUCUAUGCUUCUCCAUAGUCGGCGGCUUGUGCUGAGUGUUGACCAUACACUCUUCAUUGCUUUGUCACUAUGAUGAGUUCAACAAAUAUUGUUGACUCAUGUAGAGAUGGAGAUCUCAGAGGGCAUACAAGAUCUGUUAAACUCGAGCCCAAUUGUUUUGGAAGGCCAAUAUCACAGAAGGAAUAUGUUAAAAGUGAUGUAAUGCUGUCUAAAUUGAAUUCUGGAGAGAACCAAGCAUCCAGUGCUAUGCAUAGACCACCGGAUUUUAGAAGCGAAUGUGCUGAAGAGCAGUCUGCUGUAGAUGACUCUGGUCUCUGCUCCAUCUCUCCCAUAUGUCCAGCACCUCUUGUUCGGCAGUUUUGGAAAGCUGGAAACUAUGACGGGGGACUUGCUUCUAAGCCCACCCAUAAAAAUGGUUCCAAUCACUUACAUGUGCAUCCAAAGUUUUUACAUUCAAAUGCUACAUCACACAAAUGGGCAUUUGGUGCUAUAGCAGAGCUGCUGGACAAUUCCAUCGAUGAGAUACAAAAUGGGGGCACAUUUGUUAUAGUAGACAGAACAAUUAAUCGAAGGGAUGGAAGCCCUGCUUUGUUAAUUCAAGAUGAUGGCGGUGGAAUGGACCCUGAAGCAAUGCGUCAUUGUAUGAGUUUUGGCUUUUCAGAUAAGAAGUCAAAAUCUGCAAUUGGACAAUAUGGAAAUGGUUUUAAAACGAGUACCAUGAGACUUGGAGCAGAUGCUAUUGUCUUCAGCCGCUCAGUGAAAGGAAAAAAGACACGAAGCAUUGGACUUUUAUCUUACACAUUUUUGGCACAAUCUGGCCUUGAUAGAAUAGUGGUUCCAAUGGUUGACUAUGAAUUCGAUUCAGCAACUGACACAUGGAAUUCAAUACGCAGUGAACAAAGUUUUGCGACUAAUCUGUCUCUGCUAUUGAAGUGGUCUCCAUUUUCAAAAGAGGAGGAUCUUCUUUCUCAAUUUCGUGACAUUGGUGAACAUGGUACAAAGAUUAUUAUCUACAAUUUAUGGUUGAAUGAUGAAGGAAAAACAGAGCUUGAUUUUGACUCUGAUCCUGAGGAUAUUCGUCUUAGAAAUUAUACAAAUAACAAUAUGGAGAAAGGUGCACGUGUAUCUGUAACUGAUGACCAUCUUUGCAACCGUCUCCGUUUUUCGAUGCGGGCAUACCUAUCAAUAUUGUAUUUGCAAGUUCCUGCAAACUUUUGGAUUGUGCUAUGUGGGAGUGUAGUUGAGUAUCAUAAUAUUGCUAGUGAACUGAAAUAUCGACAGUGUAUCUUGUAUAAACCAGCAAGUGGUGGAGUUUCUGAGGGUGAAAUCAUUACUACAAUUGGAUUCCUAAAAGAAGCUCCAUUGGUGAAUCACCAUGGUUUCAAUGUCUACCACAAAAACCGAUUAAUAUUGCCAUUUUGGCAUGUUGUCAGCUAUAAUCAGAAUAGAGGCAGAGGGGUUGUGGGUGUUCUAGAGGCAAACUUCAUCCAGCCAACACACAAUAAACAAGACUUCGAAAAAACAUCUCUUUUUCAAAAACUUGAAGCUCGACUGAAGGAAAUGACGUUGGAGUAUUGGGAUUAUCAUUGUGGACUUAUCGGUUAUGUGCAACCAAAAAAACCUCCAGCAACAAAACUUUCACAGGUUACACCUGAAUCUUGUCAGAAGCAUGGUACAUAUCAGGCUGUGUCUAUGACUAAAAACCCUUCUAGUACUGCUGGUGUAUUUGUGUCUUCAAGGCCUGGCAAUCUACCUAGAACUUUUCAUCAUAACUCUCAGCAAGUACCACUUAAAAGGAAAGACCGAGAUCACCCAAUAGAACCUGGAAGUGUGAAACAAAAGGCCGGAGUAAAUGUCGAUAUGACUGAUGCCAAACAGAGUCCAACUGCUAAGCAAUCGCCUGCUAGUGCUGCUAGUUACUUGGGAGGCAAAGAAGCUAGCAGUCUACUUGAAGAAAACAAAAAACUCCGUGCCAAGUGCUUGGAACACGAGAAGAAUGUGGAGGACCUUACUGCCAAGGUGAAUCUGCUGCGGAGGAAACUAAGAGAAGAGCAGAAGACAUAUGGUCGCUUGCUGAUAGAGCUUAAUCAAAUGGGAAAGACCGAAAGGGAAAGGUAAGUUGUGCACAUAGUGAUGAUGGUUUAGGUAGGGUUUAGGGAGAACCCUUUGUUCAAGUUUUGCAUUAAUCCCUUCUGUAAAUGUCCUUCUUUGUAUCUUAUCUAAUGUCAGUUUAGAAACUUUGUAGUCUAAUAUAUAUCCAAUAUGGCU